AUGCGAGUGGAUACGGCCAUCUCGGGACAAAAGUCCUUCAGUGUGAGCUCAGCCGAGGCCACCCAGUCCUCCACCCAGUGGCUCCCAUGCUCCCUCAUCCAUCACCAGGGCCCUGUGAUCUCGCCUGUCGAUGCCCUGCUCUCACUUGAUGUCUCAGUUCCGGAACAGAGAUGCUCCAGCUGCUACCUGGGAAGGCUCUAUCCCCCAAAAUAUUUAGUUAGCAGCCAUUCUGUUAAGUGGAAUUGA